AUGCUACUCGGCACCCAACGGCGCGGCCCGCCCCAUGCUGCGCGUGGGCGGUGUCGCCUUAGCGGAGGGCCGCCCACCGCUACUUUUGGGAGUUUUUAUCCACCCAUUGCGUGGGGGUGGCUUCCAGGCGUGGAAACUAUCACCGCUGCAACGGCACGGCUGGGGAAGACGCAAGCGAUGCCUACGACAAGGUGGAAGCGUAAAUGCGAGACGCUUUGCUUCCUGCAAAGGGCCUUCGUUGAGUUCAAGCCCCUGUGCGAGGCAGCUUUGCCGUCGAAUUUGACAUGGCUAGAAGGGUUCCAAAUUUUCGCCGCCAGCGCCAUUGCAGGCACUUCAGUUAGGAUCUUUUGGGGGGGCGUUAGAGAGGAGGCUUGCCUUUUCUUGCUUGAGGGCGUUUUGCCGAUGCGCGGCAACCGAUGCUAUCUGCGGGCACGCGCCAAUGGAGGGGAGUUGGGGCGCCACGCUCGGGUACUUUUCCCGCCCACCCGCCCCAUACGCUUGGUCCUCCUUCUGGCGGCGGAUGGGCGCACGAGCAUCAGUGGCUUGACGUUGUCCAUGCUGCUGCGUCCCUUAACUUAA